UUCUGACUAUAUUCAUAUUCUUCUAGAUAUAACCAUCUACUCCAUAUAUUAUUGUGUCUAUCUAUUCUCCUACAGACUGUCUAUUCUCUUAUCGACUUGGAUUGCGCAGGUGUCAGCAGUUACUACACGUGGUACUUGAUUCUUUCGCGAUGGCCCCCGCAAGUGAAGAUGCGCUCACUAAAGUGUCUACGGAUGCGGCCACGGAAUUUGUCCAGUCAUUCUAUCCCGCCCUUCAGUCCAACCGUGGUACGAUAUCAACGUUUUACAACCAAACGAUCUCCAUGAUCCUAUUCAACGGUAAUGUUGUCGCCGAUGGCAAAGCAGUUCAAGAAAUAUUUGUCAAUCAGAUGCCGCCGGCGCAUUACGAGGUGCAGUCGUUCGAUUGCCAAAUCAUCAACCAAGCAUAUCCCACGCCGACAGCAACUGGGCUUAAAGCUCCGAACGAAACCACUCUCAAGGACAAAUCCAUUUUGGUGCUGGUCAGCGGUUACGUGCGAUUUGGAGAGUCUCGCGAUCUUCCGCAGCGCGGGUUCAGCGAAACUUUCGUGCUAGUGCCAAACCCUUCCGCCGAUGGCCCCAAGGGCAAACGCAAGCGAGAAUGGCUUAUUGAAUCUCAGACGUUCCGGCUCGUUGUUUGAAAAAAAAAAAAAAAAAAAA